GUGGGCUCUGUUUGAAUUUGAGCGCAGCUGAUGGCCGAUGGCAUCCCGUAAACCAAACGCGAGUGCUGUUAAAGCACUUCAAAAGGAACUUAAAGAUUUGAAUGAGUUCCCAAUGGAGGGGUUCAAAGUGAUGGUUUCUGAAGAAGAAAACCUUUUUGUUUGGGACGUCGCCAUAUUUGGACCACCAAUGACUUUGUAUGAAGGAGGUUAUUUCAAGGCACGAUUAUGUUUCCCUGACGAUUAUCCAUAUAGUCCUCCUACAAUGCAUUUUCUAAGCAGGAUGUAUCACCCAAACAUAUAUGAGAAUGGUGAAGUCUGCAUAUCAAUUUUGCAUUCCCCAGGUGAUGACCCACAGAGCGGUGAGCUGCCGUCUGAAAGAUGGAAUCCGACACAAAACGUCAGGACGAUUCUUUUGAGUGUAAUUUCUUUAUUGAAUGAGCCAAACAUCCAUUCAGCUGCUCAUGUCGAUGCAUCAGUGGCUUAUAGGAAAUGGAAAGAGUCCAAUGGAGUUCAGGAUGAGUAUGAACGUGUAGUUACAUCACUCGUUAAAGCGACUCACGAGGAGGCUAAACAAGAUGGAGUUACUGUUCCCACCACCCUUGAGGAAUACUGUGUUAGUGGUAGACCUGCGUCUAAAACAUUUUAUCAAUGUGAUGAUGUAGAUGGACUAUCUGAUUAUGAUGAUCAUGACGAAUACUAUGGCUCUGAUGAUGAUGACAAUGAUACUGUAUCAAUUGAUAUGAAGGAAGAUGAAAUCAACCCUAGCAAGGAGUCUCAAUCGUCUACAAAGGUAGAUUCUGGAGUAGAAGAGCCAUGUGUAAGUAAAACGGGGAAGUCUGGGGAAUCCUCGAAAGUUGUCGAUCAUAGAAUAUCAAAUGAAUGUAGCCGUGUUACGUCACCAAGCUAGUUUACUCGUUUCGUCUUCGAGUGUGGGAGUCUUACUGGUCACUUUAUACUUUUUCUUGACUGAAGCAGCAAGGAUUAUUAAAGUAAUCCUUAUGGUUUAUAAACGUUGUGUUCGUAGAAUUACUUAUUCAGAUUCACAUUUUGGGUGACUUAUAGUGUUUUGCAUUCAAUGGUCUAUAUUCUAUUGAAUGUAAAGGAUUUUGGUUAGUUUUGUAAAUCAAAGUUAUUUUGCUAUUUUGGACACUAUGUACAUGACAUCGACUACUAUCACUACUGUUUUCGCUUAUCUUUACUAGUUUGUAACAGUCAGACAUAUGCACAAAUACAAUUCUUGUACAUUUUUUAAAACUUGUAUUGAACUUCCAUUUUUUCAUUGAUCUUUGUCUUUAAGUUUAUCACUACUUAGAAAAAAGCGUGAACUAAGCCUAUGCACGAAAUUUAUCAUAUUGUUUGCAUGGUCACAUUUAGUAUUGUUCGCGACUUUUUAUACUUUUCUCACGUUACUGUUCAAAUUGCACAAAAAUUGAGGACUUCAAUUAUCUCCUUAGCUUGUAUAUUUGAGAUCUUUUCAGCUGUUUGA